UUUUAUAACGAAUUUGCAACUGGCAAUGGGGUCUUCAAGCGAUGUUUUCUUAAGCCUUCUAAGUCCCAGUGGAAAAGAUUGUUUAGAUAUUAGAUCGAGUGCAAUCACUGAUUAACAUGUUGACCAAAAGAAGCAAAGUGCUGGUGUUCCGGUGCUGUGAUGUUUGCCCCCAAUUGUCGACCCUAAGGCACUUGGGUCUCUACCGACAAAGACUCCCCCAGGUCAGCAUCGAAUCACGACACAAGUCACUUGGCUGUCAUACCUGUUUCAGGAGCCACCCUCCCAAGGAGGACAUCUUCCACCACACAGGAGAUCAGCAUCGAGUUUAAGCAUGUUCCCGAUUCUUGGAAGCCUAAAGAAACUGUUAUACACCGAAGAGGAAAGCCAUGAACAAGACUUUCAGGGGACGUACAGGGACUCCGUUCUUCCAUCAAAGGACACACAUGAUAAUAAUUUGGAAAGUGAUGCAUUGCUGUACAAUCAGUAUGAGAAGAGAGUGCGACCUUGCAUUGACCUCAUCGACAAGCUGAGAGCAUUGGGUUUGGAAAAGGAUCUGUCUCUUCCAGCCAUCGCAGUAAUUGGAGAUCAAAGCUCUGGAAAAAGCUCCGUCCUUGAGGCACUUUCUGGGAUUGCUCUACCCAGGGGCAGUGGUAUAGUGACGAGAUGUCCUUUGGAACUGAAGCUGAAGAAUACCGAGGUGAAGAAUACGUGGAGGGCCAAAAUCAGUUACAACAACUACAGCAAAGAACUGUCAGGCCCAUCUGAAGUGGGCAAAGAAAUUCUGAAAGCUCAGAACACCAUGGCCGGUGCGGACCAGGGAAUCAGCUCCGAGCUCAUCGGUCUAGAGGUGGAGUCUGACAACGUCCCCGACCUCACGUUAAUCGACCUUCCAGGCAUCACUCGGGUUGCUGUUGGUAACCAGCCACGAGAUAUUGGAGACCAAAUCAAGCAGCUAAUUGGCUCCUACAUUAAGGAGGAUAAGACCAUUAACCUUGUUGUCAUACCAUGUAAUGUUGACAUAGCGACCACAGAGGCCUUGAAAAUGGCCCAGGAAGUUGACCCUACAGGAGAAAGAACACUGGGUAUAUUGACUAAACCUGACCUGGUUGACAAGGGAACAGAAAUAAACAUCCUUAAACUGGUGAAUAACGAGGUUGUUACUUUGAAGAAAGGUUAUAUGGUUGUGAAAUGCCGUGGACAACAGGAUAUUAAUGACAAUUUGACACUGGCUAAGGCUUUAGAGAAUGAGAAAGCUUUUUUCAAGCAAAAUAAGGUUUUCAGAACACUCUUGGACGAUAAUGCGGCGACAAUACAGUGUGUGGCUGCUAGACUGUCGACAGAAUUGGUGAUGCACAUUCAGAGAACUUUACCAACAAUUCAGAAUGAAAUUCAGCACAAAAUUGCGGAUACCAAUAAGGAAUUGCAGAGGCUUGGACGGAGAGUGCCUGUGGAUGAUGACGAAAAGAUGUCCUUCCUCACUGAUAAAAUUAAAGACUACAGUGAGGAUGUCGUUAACGUAACAAGCGGAGAGUACACAAAGGACUACAGUGAUGACAAUAGACUGUACAGCAUGUCACGUAGGGUUUUCAGUGAUUGGAAUGAUCUGCUUAUUUUAGAGCAGGCUAAGUCCGAAAAGGAAAUGAAAGCUAAAGUAACAGAACACUUUGCAAAGUCCCGUGGGAGAGAAUUACCUGGAUUUACCAAUUUCAAGACCUUUGAGUCACUCGCCAGGAAUCUGAUCCUGAAGAUGCAACCUCACUCUUUAACCAUGCUAAAAGAAAUAUCAGCCCAGGUCCAGAGAGUGCUUAAAAACAUGACUUUGUGGCACUUUGAAGGUCUGCCGAACCUACUGAGAUUGGUCCAGAAAAUGAUCGAUGAUAUUCAGGAGGAACAGGAAAUGGAAGCGGAGAAAAUGCUGAAUACUUUGUUCAAAAUGGAAAGCCUGAUCUACACUCAGGACUUAAUUUACUGCAAAAAGCUGAAGUGGGUUCAGGACACAUAUGAAGAAUCAGAUGAAGAAGAAGAAACCUCAGAGAAUGUUGUUAAAAACACACAAAUGGCCGGAUUGUCAGCACAUUUGAAGGCCUAUUAUAAGAUUGCUUUGAAACGACUGGCUGAUAUAGUGCCAAUGGCCAUUAACUUUCACCUGCUGCAAGAGUUCGCAGACAAGCUGCAACAUAAAAUGUUGCUGUUGCUGCAGCACAGGAAUCAGAUUGAGAUAUUGCUGAUGGAAGAGGCGGGUAUCUUCGAGAAGCGCCAGUUCCUCUCCAACCGCCUGAAGAGACUGAAAAGAGCUAGUGAGGCCUUGACCAUGCAUUAACAGGAAAUAUCCUGCUGUUAGAUAGAGUGAACAUUAAAUAAACUAGUGAAUGAAUAGCAAUAGCUGUUGAUAGCCCAUGUAUGUGGAAAGAAGCUGAAUAUAGUUAAAACAUUAUGAAAAAUUUCCACUGGGUUCAGUAGUUUCCAUUUAGGUUUUGGUAUAGGUUCAAUGUAGGAAUUUUCUAUUAUGCAAAAAUUGCAAACAGAACAAUAUUUUACCUCUAGCCACCAACUUCUUGUAGGUGAGCAAUGCAAAUGUUCUGGUAUUUUUAAACUAUGUUCUCUUCGAAAUCUAUAUUUAGUGAUUGCAAUAUAUAUUCAGUAUGAAUUUGGUCCCAGUGAACAGCCUCACAGGGCUGUGCUGUGGUAAUGAGACCUUCCACUAAUGCAUUAAAUUGAACUGCAUUUAAUGUUUCUAUGAUUCAAUAAAAGACUAUUUCAUUAAUGUGUCUAUUAUCCCAUUUUUAUUCUACUGAAUUAAUAGUCAGCACUUGUUUUUUUCUCACCUUUCCUGAUGCUCUGACCAAGCUUAAUCCCAUCUCCUCCUCAGACCCGCUCUGCGUUUACAUGUUUUGAGAGUUAAUGACGUCGCGAAACACUGAAAUACUUCAGUCUAUUGGAAGGUAGAAGUGUUAAUAAUCAUUUAAGUGAAGAGUUACAGUACAAUCCCAACUGUUCACAGAUGCGCAGGGAGUAGGACUACAGCUAGGUGGUUACUGGUGUCAGAAGCAAAUCCAUACUUGAGACUGACCCCAGCAGAAUCCUUGGACUGCAGGCAUUUCACUGCAUGUUUUGAUGUUUUCAUGCACAUAUGACAAAUAGAGUUAAAAAUUCAAUCUUUAAAAGCCUCAGUCCUCACUCGCUUACCAGAAUAAACAUUUGAUAGAAUGAUUUGUAUUAAAGAGACUUGCAUCAAAGCCCAAAACCAUAUUUCUCCUGACUUUUUAUUGAUGAUUACUGAGAGAAAACGGUGAUUUUGCCACAAGACCUGAGCAUGCCAUAUUUAACUUAGAAAAAAGUAGCUGGCUCUCACAAUAUUUUAAAUUAAUUUUUACAGUAUUAUGAUGUGUUUGCAAUGAGCUCUUCAGACCUUUUCAGGGAGCAGGAGAGUGAGGGGCUCUGAUUUUUUUUAAAGUACUCGAAUUGGAUAAUUGUUGUUUAAUAAGAGUUAUUAAUUGUUUAGGGCUCCUUGCAUUUUUCUCAAGCAACCUCUCUUUUGUGAUGCUGUCUCCUAGUGUUUUCUGUUUUCACUUGUUAAGAUUAUGUCGAUAGGCUCGGAUUCCAUAUUACUUAAGUGGACGCCUGGUGAGCAC